AUGAUUCUGAAGAUAGUACAGGACGCCGAGUUCGCCUCUGAAAUCGAUCUAUUGAAAGAGCCAAAGCGUUCACCAUGGAGUACGAAGUUGCCAAAGAGUAGCGUAUUGUACAAACUUAGUCCGUUCAUGGAUGGAGAUGGAUUGCUGCGUAUGAAGGGUCGUAUAGACGCCUGCAAAGUGGUAGAAGAGGUUAUGAAACAUCCAAUACUUCUACCCAAGCACCACACAAUUACGGACCUGAUUAUAGCCAGGUUCCAUCAACGGUACUGCCAUAUGAAUCACCAGACUGCAGCCAACGAAAUUAGACGAAAAUUCUACAUGCCUCAACUUAUAAUCGUCUGCCCCAGAAAUGUCCGCCCUUCCACCCGCACGGUUGAAAGCUUUUUGCUGCCCGUUCUCCUACAUUGGAAUCGGAAGACCGAGAAACGUUGGGGAGUGUUGAUCACUUGCCUCACUAUACGUGCAGUUCACAUCGAAUUAGCCUAUAGCCUCACGACAGACUCAUCGUAUCGUAUCAUCGCCAUCCGUAACUUCAUUGCCAGACGAGGUUCUCCUGUAGAAAUUAUCAGUGAUCGUGGUACGAACUUCAUCGGAGCCAGUCGGGAGUUAAAGAAAGCGUUGCAGCACGUAAACCAAGACAAGCUGAUGGAACAUUUUGUCACCAGCGACACUAAGUGGUCGUUCAACCCGCCCGCUUCUCCGCACUUUGGCGGAGCCUGGGAACGACUAGUCCAGUCCGUGAAGAAGGCCCUGAAACACACCCAACUCACGCGCACACCCACCGACGAACUACUAAGGAAUAUGUUGACGGAGCCGACUGAACUGCCGCUAGACGAUGAGCACAGUCAGUCCCUAACUCCGAAUCACUUUCUGCUCGGGUCGUCAGAUGGUUCUAAGCCCCCGAUCGCGUAUGACAACAGCAGCUAUCUGAAGCAUACAUGGAAGUUGUCGCAGGUCUAUGUCAAUAGAUUUUGGCGGCGUUGGGUUUCCGAAUACCUGCCAACUUUGACCCGAAGGUCCAAAUGGUUCAGUGGUGUAAAACCUUUAGCGGAAGGAGACAUCGUCGUUAUCGUGAACGAAACUUUGCCUAGGAACUGCUGGCCGAGAGGCCGCGUGGUUCGCGCCAUCCAAUCCAAGGAUGGACAGGUUCGUCGAGCUCUAGUGAGGACAUCAACUGGACUGCUGGAGAGACCAGCCGUGAAGCUUGCGGUAUUGGAUGUCGCAACUGCAAGUACGUCGAACCAGCGACUUCGAGUACUGGUCUGCCGUAAUCUGAAAAAGUGA